ACCACCGACUUAUUACACUUGCCACCGUGCGCGACGAGGACAACCAGAGAAAACAACUGGCAGGACGUUGCUCGUGCUGCUAAAAACCAAUGGGAUCCAUGUCACGCCCCGCCCCGGCCUCGAGACGUUCCGGAACGCCCAACCAGCCACGGCCGGCCGCCCGUGAGACCAGGGGACAAGGAGACGGAAGAGAAUCAUCACGGAAAGAAAGAAGGCCAGGCAGGAUCUCACCUGGGCACGCAAGCUGUGAAAGGCGCCGAUACGAUUGAAGACGCAUGUUACUUGCACGGAACGUAAGCUAAAGCAAAGAAAUACGGGGUGGGUGACUGGGUGGCAGCACGCGCACGGGGUAGGCAGGCUGCGAAACAGGGGAAGGCGCGCGCGAGAAGCGGUAAAUCGAGGCCGCGCCGCACCGAUCGCGGGAUCCGUGAUUCAGAGCGUGGCACAGUGCUGUGAGAUGAGAGACGUCCGGCCGCGAGCAUCUCGCGCUGGACGCGACGCGACGCGACGUGAGGAAUCGGCAACGUAGCGCGCCCGCCGCACACCCGCACCCGCCCGACGCGCCGCGUGGGUGUGUGGUGUCUGUCUGUCUCUCUCUCUCCCAUCUCCUGCGGUCCAGCUCGCAGAUUCCAUUCGCCCCGCUCUCUCGCUCGCUCGCCGCCGCCCGUCUAUCUAUCUAUCUAUAUAUGCCAGGGCGGGCGCAGAUCCCCUCUGGCUCUCAGUCACCCACCCCCACCCCACCCCACCGGCACCCUCACCCUCAGGCCUCCGCCUCUUUCUCAGCUUCUCUCCGGUUCCUUCCUUCCGGUCGCCGAUUCUUCUACGCGAAAGAUUCCUGGCUGCCUCUCGUCUCUCGUCUCGUUUCUCGCGUGCAUGGGGCUGGACGUCGGGGAGAUCGGGAUGGGCCUGGAUCUGGGGCUGGACCUCAGGCUGUUCGCCGCGCGGAGCGCCGGAGGGAUGGCCAAGGGCGCUGCGCCGGCGGGGAUCCAGUCCUGCAUCAGGAGCCUCGAGGUGGAGCGCAGGAAGAUCGAGGUGUUCAGGCGCGAGCUCCCGCUCUGCCUUCGCCUCCUCGCCGACGUGAUCGACGAGUUGAAGGAGGAGGCUGCCAAGAGAGGAGAGUACGACGACGGGGCGGCGACGGUGGACGACGGCGACAAACGGAAAUGGAUGAGCACAGCUCAGUUGUGGGUGGACAGCGACGCCAAAUCGGACGAGUCUGACAAAGAGCAACAGAGUGAAAUCACGUCGCCGCCGGAGCCCAAGUUGUUGGGUGGUGGCGCACCCACGCCGAUAAGGGCGGCCGUUUCGGCGGUGGCGGUGCCACAACCCCUACCGCCGCCGUUGUUCAGAAGAGAAGACAGCUCCGCCAGCUCUGGCCUGUCGUUGGUAUCGUUGUCGCCGGCAACCAAGGCGGCGGUGCCGAUUUCUCCUCCGGUGGUGGCUGCCAGCGGUACCGGUACCGCCAGCGCCAGAUUUUGUGGCACCACCAUGCCACCAUGUGGCUCCGAGGUCAACAACAUGCACUCGCAGGCUCAGCAGCAACAGCAAGCAAGCAGGAAGGCAAGGCGGUGCUGGUCACCGGAGCUUCACCGGCGGUUCGUUGCCGCUUUGCACGAACUGGGUGGCCCUCAAGUGGCUACUCCGAAACAGAUCAGGGAGGUGAUGCAAGUGGACGGGCUUACAAACGAUGAAGUGAAAAGCCAUCUCCAGUACCGGUUGCACAACAGAAGAUCCUCCCCCGGCGCGGCGGCGGCUCCGGUGAGCCAGUCGAUCAUGCUGGUGGAUGGCGUCUGGGCUGCUCAGGAGCAAAGCAGCGGCUCGCAGUCCGGGUCUCGGCAGGGCCCGCUCCAGUUCUCCAGGGCAGGUAUGGCCGUCGGUGGCGGCGACGACAGCAGCAGCAGCGACGACGACGAAGACGACGACAAGUCGGAGGAUGGCUACAGCCUGAAAUGCGUGUGAGGCUGAGGCAGGCUGCGUUUGCGGAAGAUCGGAUGAGAGUGUAGAGAGAUAGCGUUGUCGCGGCUUGAGCAUGCAUCGGUGGAUUCUUGAGUCUGUCCGAGAGAGUGGUUGUAGUGCAGGCAGGCAUGUAUACAGGGAGAUUAGGCGCGCGCGGCCCGUGUGCGCCCAAGAGAUGAACUGAUCAUGCGGCGUUUGGAAAGCUGAUAGGCGUUUUGUUUGAGUCUUUGCUGACUUCUGUUAACUUCCGGGCAGAUCACAAAAUUUUCGCCCUGAGAAUAACUUAUUAAUAAUAAUAUUACUGCGGCGGCUGCUGUUAUUUUAUAUA